UGGCCUUAGCAUUAGCAAUGUAUAUUAUGCUUAUGCGCUUAUGCAAGUUUGUAUGGAUAUAUCAUAAGCGACGUGCGGCAGAAAAAGUGUGAGGCAAACCGACCAAUCGGCGCUUGGCAUUCAUUCGACAUCUAAUGGCGCAACUCGAGGUUCGAGAGCAACUAGAAAUCGGACUUUCCUAUUGGACAUCGGAUCGCACAGUUCGUUUGUCCACAAUUGUGGCAACGUCAAAGAACCAAAUGAAUUCUAGGACAACAGUGGCAACACUGCGACCAAAUUCAUUUGCGCAAUCGCAACAACGUUUUCGCGCCAAAAGCACGUUUGAGUUUAAAGUAACGUCGUUAACUUGGAAGCAGGGUGUCUCUCUCUUUCUCUCAGCGACUGAGGACAGGUUAAAUCACCAAAAUGCAAGCGACUGCAUCAACGGUGAGCGUCAACGCGGAGGACGACUUCGACGACACUACCCCGGCAAAGUUGAUCAAGUCAUUGGAGAAAAAUGGCAUUACGACAGGGGACAUCAAGAAGCUUCAGGAAGCCGGCUACUACACGGUCGAGUCGGUGGCUUAUGCGACUAGGAAGGAGCUGGUAAUGAUCAAAGGCAUCAGCGAGGCCAAGGCAGAGAAGUUGCAGCAAGAGGCCUGUAAGAUGAUUAUGAUGGGCUUCAAAAGUGCCACAGAGAUACAUGCGACCCGGUCAAACAUCGUCUACAUCACGACUGGUUCCAAAGAGCUGGACAAGCUGCUAGGUGGUGGAAUAGAGACCGGCUCUAUCACUGAGAUCUUCGGGGAGUUCAGGACGGGCAAGUCACAGCUGUGUCACACUCUUGCCGUCAACUGCCAGUUGCCAGUCAGCAUGGGUGGCGCGGAAGGCAAGUGUCUCUAUAUAGACACAGAGAACACCUUCAGACCGGAGAGACUUCUAGCAGUAGCCGAGAAGUACAAGAUCAACGGACAGUCUGUUCUUGACAAUGUUGCCUGUGCGAGAGCAUUCAACAGUGAUCAUCAGACCCAACUGUUGAUUCCAGCCAGUGCCAUGAUGACGGAGGCAAGAUAUGCUCUACUGGUGGUCGACAGUGCAACUGGUCUCUAUAGGUCUGAUUACAGUGGUAGGGGUGAAUUAAGUGCCAGGCAAAAUCAUCUGGGUAGAUUCCUUAGAAUGCUGCUGCGACUGGCGGACGAACACGGCAUCGCCGUUGUCAUAACGAAUCAGGUGGUUGCACAGGUCGACGGCGCUGCCAGUAUGUUUGGUGGCGAUCAGAAAAAACCGAUCGGUGGCCACAUCUUGGCUCACUCGAGCACAACGAGAUUGUACUUGCGUAAGGGCAGAGGGGAAAGUAGGAUAUGCAAAGUAUACGAUUCACCAUGUUUACCAGAGAGCGAAGCGACGUUCGCCAUAAAUCCAGACGGCAUAGGCGACGUGAAAGAGUAAACUUUGAAUUAAAAAGUGAAUAUUAAAAAAAAAUAUGUUAUAUAGUGUUUUUUUUUUACUUAAAAAUGACAAAUGUGUCUUACACAUUGGAUAUUAGUGUAACUGUUAAGGUGAAGGAAGGCUGAUGAAAAGGACAUUGGAUUAAUUUACAUAUCUUUUAAAGUAAUUGAAGAGGAAUUAAGAAAAGGAUAUUUGAUUCACAAUUAAAGUUAAUUGUUUAAUUAAUUGGGAAAUAGAUUACAUAUAUGUACAUUAUAGUUUUCUUAACAUUUCUCUUACUACAUCUUAGAUUUUUUAUAAAUUUGUAUUUUAAGGCUUUAAUAAAUAUAGACAAUAAAAAUAAGACAAUAAAAAUAUCUUCUUAACCGAGGUGGUAUUUUCCUGAUUAAAUUAAAAAAAAGAGGAUUAAAACUGUUGCUAAUAUUACACUUGUAAAAAUUGAGUAUGAAUAAUGUAUCUUUCAAAUUAUUUCUAAUAUAUCUUGAUGAUUUGAAUCUUA